UGUGCACGUGUUUCUCCGUGCGCUCGCGGCCAUGAUCGGGAAAAUGGCGGACGAGAAAGAAUUUGAAGAAAAGACGGGCAGUAGCGACUCAGAAGAAGAAGAAGACGACGAAGAAGAUGAUGUAACUAAUGGUAGAGACGAUGGUGAUGAAGACGAGUCGGAAUAUGACGAUCCAGAAGGCUUUGUAGACGAUAUAACAGACCAAGAACUCUUAGGAGACAUCUUAGUUGAGAAACCUGUGGAAAUCCAAGGCACAGAUUGCAUCAUUGUUGUCGACAAUGUUCCUGCUAUCCCACCAGACAGGCUUGAGAAGCUAAAGAAUGUGAUCAGAAAGGUGUUUUCUAAGUUUGGAAGGAUCGUUACAGAGCAUUAUCCACUAGAUGAUAAUGGCCUGACUAAAGGGUUUAUUUUCUUGGAAUUCUCUAAUGCUAAAGAUGCUGCACAGGCGGUCAAGACAGCAAAUGGUUACAAGUUAGACAAGCAUCACAUCUUUGCUGUCAAUCAUUUUGAGGAUUUUGACAAGUAAGUCUCAUUGUAGUUGUUAUUGGUUAUUUUGUUUAUUAUUUCUUGGCUUCUGAAUAGUAAGCCAAACAGGAAUUAGAAUUUUCUUCAGCAGUCUGCAAAGAUUUCCAGGAAAAAAUUUAAGCAGUUUCAAAUUUGAUGGAUGGGGAAUGCAUGAUAAUCUUAAGAGUUGAUCAGAACACACAGCAAGGUCUCUGUACAACUAAAGAUAGCAUUUGAC